AUGGAGGUAACUGAUGCUUCUCAAAUAAGUGAUAUAAAGAGAAGCAUUAGCAAAAUAAAAUCUGCUUUAUAUCCAGACAGACAAUCCAUCAGGCUUGAAGCUAGAGGGAAAACUUUAAAGGAUACUGACAAAGUUAAAGAUUUAGGAUUAAAAAAUGGAUCAAAACUUUAUGUUAAAGACUUGGGGCCUCAAAUUGGAUGGUCUACUGUAUUUAUGGCAGAAUAUGCUGGACCUUUAUUUGUAUAUUUAAUAUUUUAUGUAAGACCCAGUCUGUUUUAUGGGGCAACUGCUGGUCAAAAAAUGUCACAAGUUGCUGUGUAAGUCCUUAUAUUUUAAUAGUAUG